GUUAUAUAAACUGUUUCCUUCAACCAAUUAUAAUUCGUUAUUGAUCUCCUCACUCUCCUUCUCUCACUCGAAAAGAGGAAGAGAGAUGGUAAGAGAGUCGAAUUGGAAGAAGGAUCCAUAUAACCAGGAGCACGUUCUCUAUCCCUUCUGCAGAGCACUUGUUCGCUCUAGAUUUUACUUUGUCUUUGACCUAGGGUUCCGGUUGCUCCGUUGCCCAUCUGCAAAUACAUCGAACGAUAGAAUCAAUCCUCCAUCUUCAUUGACGCCCUUCUUUCUUUAGAAACCCUAAUUUAUAGGGCUCUAAAACUUGGAGCUUCCAUGGUUCCCAUAACACCCUAGUUUCAGACGGAACCCUAUAUUUCAUUUCUUUUCAUAUCCGUUUCCUUCCUAUUUCGACCAUUGAUCAUGGCUUUUAGAGCAAGAGAGUUAUACAAAAAACUGGUUAAGAAAAUUGGGGAUGAGAACUUUGCUCCUGGUGUGAAGGAGUCUCUGAAGAAAUAUCUCCCUGAUAAUAAAGUGGUCAUGGGUCGAGCUAAGAGAGGGCUUUAUGCAGGUCGUCACAUUCAGUUUGGUAACCAAGUCAGUGAAGAUGGUGGAAACAAGACAAGGAGGAAAUGGAAACCCAACGUUCAAGAGAAGCGUCUCUUCAGCUACAUACUCGAUCGCCACAUCCGCAUAAAGGUUACCACACAUGCACUGCGGUGCAUUGACAAAGCAGGUGGAGUCGAUGAGUACCUCCUCAACACCCCCUAUAAUAAGCUCGACAAUGAGAUAGGUCUCUUUUGGAAAGCUCGAAUUGAGAAAAUGUAUGAAGAAUUAGGUAUGAUGGAAGUUGGUUUCUUUCCUCCUGAAGAGGAGGCCAAAUUGGAGGAAGGCUUCAAAAAUCUUAAGAUCGCAAAGAGAGAGGCAAGAAGAGAGGCUCGACAAAAGUGGCAAGCUUUGCAACCGAAGCGUAAACCCAUUGUGGAAGGGGCAGUUGAGGAAGGCGGAGUGGGGUCCACAGAAGGAGAAAUGCAGUCCACCGAAACUGUUGAGCAAGAAUCUGCUGAAUCAACACAGCCUCCAGCUUCUGCCUGAAUUGGGGUACCUCGCAAAUUUGAUGUGAAGGGAUCAUAUAUUUUUAAAAGACUUUCUGCUCUAAUAUAAUUCAUUGUUUGCUUUAUGAACAUGAAAUGUAGUGGGUGAUGGGUCAAGCUGUUUCUUCUCACAUUAUAUUUCUUGCAUAAAACCCCUGGGUGGUGUUGGGGCAUGGCUUUUUUUACCAAAAUGCCCUUGAAUACCAGCAAAAUGAACGAAAGAAAAGAGAAGAAGGUUCAUGUUGAGCUAGAGACUGAUUUCAUUACUUGUGCUUAUGGGAUAAAGCAACAAAGAAAAACUUCAAAA